CUGACUCGGAGCCAAACAGUCCAGCAGCAGAACACGCUUGCAACAAACAGUGAAGAAGAGACGCACAAAGAGUUAGCGCUACGACUAAAAACACUUUAUUUUCGUUACAUAUAGCUAUGCAGAAUGAAUGCAUGUUUUAAUGUAAUGAUUAAACAUAACUUGGCUCGUUUAAUGUAACACAGAGCGGGCUUUUUAACGGAUGAACUGAACCUGCCUUUUUCUCCUUAGCUUAGCUGGUUAGCUUAGCUGAUGUCAAACCUUUUUACGUCCGUGUUCACCCAGGAACGACGACACGCUGAAGCUGCGUAGAAGCUACACCUGACUUGGGUUUUGUUUUAUAAAUCAAACAGCGUGUGUUUGGGGGGGUCAACGGCUACAGCUUUUGAAUAAAAAGCGUCAUAAGUCACCCUGCGAAACUAGGAAGUCUGAAUGAAAUCUGCAUUGAGCUUGUUCGAAUUUUUGCACUUCGCGCGAGAUUUGACACUUCGCCCGAUGAGUUAAGUUUGUUUCUAUGAAAGUUCACCAGAACAGGGUGCUUGAAACGGGAUUUUCCGUGGAAAUAUCAGGCCGACCUGUCCACACUUUGACUCGUGUUCGUGGGGAAUAAAUUGGAGCCAACAUGAUUCCCGAUAAAGCCCCGCAGGAGGACGUCUUCCACUGCUCCGAGGACCUAAAGAAGGAGUCCCACAUCCCCAGCUUUGAGAAAUACAAGGAGCUCUACACCCGCUCCAUUGAGAAUCCAGAUGAGUUCUGGGGUGCCAUUGCUAAAGAUUUCUUCUGGAAGACCAAACACACCGGUUGCUUCCUGGACUACAACUUCGACGUGACUAAAGGAGAAAUCUUCGUUAAGUGCAUGGAAGGAGCCACCACCAACAUCUGCUACAACCUGCUGGACCGCAACGUCCACGAGAGGAAGCUCGGCGACAAGAUCGCCUUCUUCUGGGAAGGCAAUGAACCUGGAGAUGACUUGACCGUCACCUACAGAGAGCUGCUGCAGAAGGUCUGCCGGUUCGCUAAUGUCCUAAAAUCCCAGGGAGUGAAGAAGGGCGACCGCGUCUCCAUCUACAUGCCCAUGGUGGUCGAGCUGGUGGUGGCCAUGUUGGCGUGCGCCCGCAUCGGAGCCGUCCACUCCAUCGUCUUUGCAGGUUUCUCCGCCGAGUCUUUGUGCGAGCGGAUCAUCGACUCUCAGUGCUCGCUGCUCAUCACUGCAGACGGUUUCUACCGGGGAGAUAAGCUGAUCAACCUGAAGCUCUUAGCUGAUGAAGCUCUGCAGAAAUGUAGAGACAAAGGAUUUCCACUGAAGACGUGCAUAAUGCUGAAGCACUUAUCGAAGGAGCCGGAGGCGGCGGGACGUCAGUCUCCUCCCGCCAAGCGAGCGUGUCCAGAUCUGGAGCAGGAGAAAAGGAAAGUAAAGAAAACGCGUCCCGUUCCAAAGGUGCCCUGGAACCCAGACGUUGACUUGUGUUGGCACUCUCUGAUGGGUGGAGCUGCAGACGAGUGCGAACCCGAGUGGUGCGAGUCUGAAGACCCGCUCUUCAUUCUCUACACCAGCGGCUCCACCGGCAAACCCAAAGGCGUCCUUCACACGGUCAGCGGAUACCUGCUCUACGCCGCCACCACCUUCAAACUGGUGUUCGACCAUCAGCCCGACGACGUCUACUGGUGCACGGCGGACAUCGGCUGGAUCACCGGCCACUCCUACAUCACGUACGGACCGCUGGCCAACGGCGCCACCAGUGUGUUGUUCGAGGGUUUGCCCACGUACCCCGACAUCGGCCGCAUGUGGCAGAUCGUGGACAAAUACCAGGUGACGAAGUUCUACACGGCGCCGACCGCCAUCAGGCUGCUGAUGAAGUACGGCAGCGACCCGGUGCAGAAGCACAAUCGCAAAUCGCUGAAGGUUCUGGGAACGGUGGGCGAGCCCAUCAACCCGGAGGCCUGGCAGUGGUACCACGGCGUGGUGGGGGAGAAACGAUGUCCGAUCGUCGACACCUUCUGGCAGACUGAAACCGGCGGACACGUGCUGACUCCUCUGCCGGCGGCGACGCCCACGAAACCCGGAUCCGCUACGUUUCCGUUCUUUGGCGUGGUGCCGGCCAUCUUGAAUGAGUCUGGAGAAGAGCUGGAAGGGCCAAGCGAAGGAUACCUGGUGUUCAAGCAGCCGUGGCCCGGCGUGAUGCGCAGCGUUUAUGGGAACCACGAGAGAUUCGAAGCCACGUACUUCAAGAAGUUCCCAGGAUAUUACGUCACGGGGGACGGUUGCCGUAGAGACAAGGACGGAUACUACUGGAUAACUGGGAGGAUAGACGACAUGCUGAAUGUCUCAGGUCACCUGCUGAGCACGGCGGAGGUGGAGUCAGCCUUGGUGGAGCACAAGUCGGUGGCUGAAGCAGCCGUGGUGAGCUGCCCUCAUAUGGUGAAGGGAGAAAGCCUCUACUGCUUCGUCACGCUGAACGACGGCGUGGCGUUCAGCCAGGCGCUGGAGGCCGAGCUCAGGAAGCAAGUGAGGGAGAAGAUCGGCGCCAUUGCCACUCCAGAUUACAUCCAGAACGCGCCCGGACUUCCCAAAACCCGAUCCGGGAAGAUCAUGCGGCGGGUGCUUCGUAAAAUCGCCUGCGACGAGAAGGAUAUGGGCGACAUUUCCACGCUGGCCGACUCGUCCGUCGUUGACGAGCUUUUCAGGAACCGAUGCGCCACCACGGUGUGACAACGCCCCCUGGAGGCUCACCACAGGAAGAGCCGGCGCUGCUGGGAAAUAUUUCCUCCUUCUGAUGCGGCAGAACGCUGCUUCGGCAGCCAGUAACGCAGCAACACCCCAAAGGUAGCAGCUCAGGGCGUUCAGAACCACCGGGCGGCUUCUUCUUUAUUCCUGGUUUCUGCUAGAAAACAGUCAAGUUUCUCUAACGGUCCAGUCAAAUCCAAGCCAUAACGCCAUAAAUACCCAGAUUAACGUUUUUAGCAAGCUUUAACUGUUAUUUUACA